AUGUCCUUUAAAGACACGGUACAGAAUUUCGUAGUGCCAGGGAUCAACCUGAGCCUCCUGGAGAUAUGGGACGCACUAUACGACUGCAUGAAGGAACCUCGGGUGCAGAGGAAAAUAGUGCUGGUGAUUGUCAGCAUCGCGUUGUUGCUGGAUAACAUGUUGUACAUGGUCAUUGUGCCCAUCAUUCCAGACUACCUGCGAAGGAUUGGUUCUUGGACGACACAUCUGGAAGGAGGGAGUAUGAUUAGGUACAAUGAGUCUAGCAUCAGGUACUAUGCCAAUGCUACGGGGAACUAUACAGUAACACCAAAGCCAAAGUAUAUUAAUCAGGUCACUGUAUACGAGGGAGAAGAUACAGCUAUUGGGAUUCUCUUUGCCUCCAAAGCUCUCAUACAGCUUAUGGUGAAUCCCAUAUCAGGUACCAUCAUUGAUAAGAUCGGAUACGAUAUUCCUAUGACCUUUGGGCUCAUUGUUAUGUUCUUAUCGACAGCCAUCUUCGCAUGUGGCCGCUCAUACGGUGUGCUCUUCUUCGCCAGGAGUUUACAGGGUGUUGGUUCAGCAUUUGCUGAUACGUCUGGCUUGGCUAUGAUUGCCGAUACUUACACAGAAGAAGCAGAAAGGACAAAGGCCCUUGGUAUAGCCCUUGCCUUUAUAUCAUUUGGUUGCCUGGUUGCCCCACCGUUUGGUGGUACCUUAUAUCAGUUUGCUGGGAAAGAAAUGCCAUUUUUGAUUCUAGCCUUCGUCUCGCUAUUCGAUGCGGUGGCACUGAGGUUAGUUAUGAGACCUAUAAGAGAUCAAAAGAAGGAGCUCGGCGUGGAGCACAAGAAAGGAACGCCUAUAUUUAGGCUCUUUAUGGACCCAUACAUCCUUUGCUGUGCGGGAGCUCUCAUGAUGUCUAACGUAUCGUUAGCUUUCCUUGAGCCUACCAUCAGCGUGUGGAUGAUGGACAACAUGGAGGUGGAAGAAUGGCAGUUGGGCAUGAUCUGGUUGCCGUCAUUCUUCCCUCAUGUCGCUGGGGUCGUCUUGACUGUGAAGAUGUCAAAGAAGUAUCCGAACUACCAGUGGAUGAUGGCUGCUGUAGGCUUAGCAUUAGAAGGAGUCAGCUGCUUCUUCUUGCCGUUUGCAACAAAUUACUGGGUCGUUAUGGUACCAAUAUGUGUCAUAUGCUUUGGAAUUGCUCUUAUAGACACGGCCCUCCUUCCUACACUGGGAUACCUUGUGGACACCCGGUAUGUCAGCGUUUAUGGCUCAAUCUAUGCUAUCGCAGACAUAUCUUACUCUCUCGCCUAUGCGUUUGGGCCGAUGAUUGCUGGCAGUGUAGUGACAACCAUUGGUUUCGUGGCACUUAAUAUCGGCAUUGCUCUCUCCAAUCUUUUAUACUGCCCUAUACUUUAUUCCCUCCGCCACGUGUAUGACUAUAAGCCCUUCGAAGAGGAAGGCCAAGAACAGCUGAACAUGCAAGAUCCUCCUCAAGGCGAUUUCCAGACUUACACCAUGCAGGAGGGUCAGCAAGUGCCUGGAGGAGAUAAGAAUCACCUAGAAUUCUCAAAGCUCUCCAAAGGGCAACAAGAAAAUUAUGGCACCUAUGAGGCCAUGGAAAUGCAAGUUACUGACUACAAUAACCAGGGAGCAAAUGGUCACGUAACGAGUGAUAACAGAACUGUGUCACAAAGGCCGGUGGACAACAACCCAUUCAGGCAACAGCAGAUGCAGCAAGGAGGAACUUUCCAUUACGACCAAGUUAGGGACACCAGCACCCAAGACUCUGCUAUGGGUUCCCCUGUAAGGAGUAUAACCCAGUGCAUAUGGGAUCUACUAAUAGCAGAUAAGAAUGUCGAUAAAAAGUCUCUGUGUUGA